AUUUUGAAAACAGUCACUUAUCCUAUUUUCUCCUGCCAACUUGACGCAGUUUGGCUGUUGCAUGAGGGUGAGGGACGGGAGUGCCCCAUUCACACUCCCUUUGCAUUUACGUACAACAGCGGAUCUCCCAGGAAGGACAAAUUAACGGGACACAGUCGAUGGAAGCAUUUGUGUGAUGUAAAAACCUUCCCGGAUGCAUCUGUUUAUUGUACUUAUCGGGGAAAACUGACUGUUUUAAACGACUGACGAUUUGGGAUACUGUUACUCUCUUUACUUUUCCGUGUAUCUAAACCGGCCAUUCAUUCAGUCAUUUAUAAAAGGUGCUGCACCCGUCUGGUUUUAGAUCAACCCGCCCUCUCCCCUGCUGUCUUUUUCUGAGUCCUGCGGUGAGGAUGGAUACCCGGCGAUCUUUCCCCAGGUACCCGCUGCUGGUGCUGCUCUGCACGGUCUGUGCACUGUCGGGGGCCCGGAGCCCCGUGGCUGCUGCGGGGAGGAGCUGCGCCGACACCCGGCAGGUGUACGCGGAGAAGGGCUACAGCACAGGCACCGCACCGCUGACUCAAAUCUCUGGUGAGCACCUGCGGCUCUGUCCUCAGGACUACACUUGCUGCUCCAGUCAGAUGGAGGAGACGCUGGCCCUCCAGAGCGAGAGGGACUUCCUCAAAGCCAUCGAAGAGAACAGCCAGUUCCUUUUGACUACUUUUACCCAGAGACAUCGCAGGUUUGAUGAGUUCUUCAGAGAGCUUAUAGACUUGUCAGAGAAGUCUAUGAACCAGAUGUUUACCAAGACCUACGGCCGGCUCUUCACCCAGAAUGCACACGUCUUCCAGGAGCUGUUUGUGGAGCUGCGCAGAUAUUAUUCUGGGGGCAGUGUAAGUCUGUCAGAGGUUCUCUCAGACUUCUGGUCCAGACUAGUGGAGCGAGUCUUCUCUCUGGUUAACCCCCAGUAUCAGUUUAGUGAGGACUACCUGGAGUGUGUCAGCAAACAUGCCGAACAGCUGCAGCCAUUUGGGGAUGUGCCCCGCAAACUGCGCGUACAAGUGUCAAGGGCUUUCAUUGCAGCCAGAGCACUAUCUCAGGGCUUGGCUACCGGUCGGGAUAUUGUUAACAAAGCAACAAAGUUGACUGCAGAUUCAGAGUGUGUGCGUGGGCUGAUGCGUCAGUGGUACUGCCCACUGUGUAGAGGAAUGCCCUCCCUGCGGCCCUGCCACUCCCUGUGCCUUAACGUGAUGAAGGGCUGCUUAGCCAAUCAGGCCGACCUGGACACCGAAUGGAACAAUUUCAUUGAUGCUCUGUACCAGGUUUCAGAGAAGUUGGAGGGGCCGUUCAACAUGGAGCUUGCAGCCGACUCCAUCUCUGUAAAAGUGUCGGAGGCCAUCAUGCACAUGCAGGAAAACAGUGUCAGCAUCUCAACUAAGGUGUUCCAAGGUUGUGGAAGCCCCAGGCCAGCUCCAGGACGGUCCAAACGCUCACCCAAAGAGUCAGGGGGCAACAGGAGGCCCUUCCGCACCUACAGCCCUGAGGAGAAACCCACCACUGCUGCAGGCACUAACCUGGACCGACUGGUUACCGAGCUGAAGGAGCGACUGCGGCCCAUGCGUGGCUUCUGGGUGUCCCUCCCACACACCAUCUGCAACGAUGAGAAGAUGGCUACCGACGUCACUAAUGAGGACCGCUGCUGGAACGGGCAGACCCGGGGGAGGUACCUUCCGGAUGUGACAGGCGACGGGCUGGUCAGCCAGAUCAACAACCCCGAGGUGGAAGUGGACAUUGCCAAGCCAGAUGUGAGGACCAGACAGCUGAUCAUGGAGCUGAGGGUGGUGACCAACAAACUGAGACAUGCUCAGAGCGGACAGGACAUGGACUUCAUGGACAGUGAAGAAGGCAGUGGCUCAGGAGGUGGAGAUCAUGGUGAAAGGUACAAUGAUGAUUGGCCAGGCUAUGGGCCUUACUCUCCCCCCUACAACAAGCCCCCUCAUACCCCCGCCUCCAACCCCGCAAAGCCGCCUCGAGUCCGAGAAAGAAAUGGGUCCAAGUGGAGCAGGAACAACGGCCACGGACGGGUCAGAUCUGCAACCAGCCAGCUCACUUUCUCCCUGGUUCUUUUGUUGUCUUUGCCUUUCAUAGUCACUGUUGCCCCCAUGUGGAGAUAGCUGGUUAUUACAGUCUGGAGAUGAAGGUUUUCUGUCAUGCUGGGGUCUCAAGCACAUUGUGAAGAAAAAAAAUGUCAUUCCAUUUGGUUACACCAGCAGGAAAAAGACUAAACAGGCUAAUUUAGCAAUAAUCAAAAACCUGUUUAUGGCACAAACUAAAAUAAGUUAAAGUGAAUAUUUUCCCAAGCCACAAAAGAGGCAUUACCAGGCAUUGAUGAUUACAAACAAUACUUAAUAAGUACUGCCAUUUUUUUAGUCCCAUUCAUGAGAUGUCUGACCUGUUGAGUUUUGAUGCUGAAUGAUGUGCAGUGCUGGAGCAUCUAAGUCUUGGGGGUGAAAGAGAAACAAAGUACAAAAAUAGCAAAUGAAUUAGUAGCAUAUUUGGGUGAUGAAGCUCGUCUCUCAUGGUUUGGUGGUCUGUGAGAUGGAGGUUAGUCGUGCCAGUCAAUUACCGUGUAGUUUCAGUGAGCAGCUGAUUUGAUCUGAGUGAGUUUGUUUGCUACCUUUCUCAUGAAAUGAAGUUAAUUGAUUUUGGUUUCAGUCCAGUUGUGGUUCAUUUUGCUUAUUUUUCAUCUUGUGCGGGUAGUAACAUUUAAUUUACUUGCUUAGUUAAACCUCCGUAUUUUGGCUUGGAUAUUAAAAGAAGUCAACAGUAUGAAUCUUGAAACCAAACAAGGGGCUUAUUUUGAAUGUACCUAAACUCAAAUUAUUUUGCGUUUACUUGUGAUGACAAGGGGUUAAUUAAUGUAAUAUAUUGAUGUUUUUAAUUUAUUUGUAAUAUAAUAUUUCAUUGUUCUUAUUGUUAUGAUUUUUAAAGGCAAGGGCUGAGUGUUUCUAGCUUUUAAACUAAGUGUUUCUUUAACUUUCUCUGGUAUAAAAGGAAAAAGGAAAAAUCAAGUUGUAUUUAUAAAUACUUUUCGCAAACCAAUCACAACAAAUUAAUUAUCAUACAAUAUUGGGGUUUUUUUUCUGGUGUUUUUAGCCUUAACCAGAGAUUAAGGAGCAAUGUGUGUGUUUUAUAUUGUUUGUUGUAUGUUCUGGUUCUGAGGUCAUAUUGAGAAAAUGUUGGGAUGUUUUUUUAAUGCUGCACUUUUCUACUUAUUUUUCCUAAAAGCAUAACAAAAGAUAAUGAAAACAGUGAGCGAGCACAUGAUGUGAUGUAAAAUUGGAUUGAAUGUUGACGAAAAGACAAAUGCUGUCAAGAACUGAGAGAUGACGGCUCUUAAUUUUCGUAUGCUGAAUGUGUUUUGACGAAUAUAAAAUCAAAAGAUAUUCAAGAAGGAAAAACAAAACUUGUGAGGAGUCAUCCAUGGACAAAUGAUGAAGAGCGUGAACUAGAAGGAUUAGUUUGACAUUUUGGGAAAUGCUCUUCACUUUAUUGCUGAGAGUUAAAUGAGAAGAUUGAUACCACUCAUGUGCCUAUGGUAAAUGUAGCCAGCAGCUGGUCAGCUUAUCUUAGCAUAAAGACUGGAAAUAGGGGGAAACUGCUAGCGUGGCUCUAGCCAAAUGCAGUGUAAUCCCCCUACGAGCACCUUUUUAAAGUUCACCAAUUAACACAUUGUGUUUCAUUUGUUUAAUCUUUAAAACCGAGAAAUUAUCGCAGGAUUAUGUGCUGGACUAUUUCUUGCCUGGGACCACUUGCCAAGUCACCAGCAGAGACUCCAGAAAGUUACUGUUAUGAGAAAUAGUCACAGCACAUAAAAUGGCAAUUUUUUUAUUCUUUGUAUGAAUUAAACAAGAUAUGUGUUAAUUAGUGAGCUAUAGAGGUACUGGUUGUUGGGUUUUGUUAUCUUUGGACAGAACUAGGCUAGCUGUUUCCUCCCCGUUUCAAGGUUUUAUGCUAAGCUAACCAGCUGCUAGCUCCACUUUCAACUCUUGGCAAGAAAGCAAAUAAACGUAUUCUAAAAAUUUUGAACUAUUUCUUAAAGACGAUGAAAGUUGAUUGAUAGGAUCCCAAAAGAGAACAGAGAUACAGAUGGAGAAAAAAGGGAAUGUAUAGAUGCUGUGAAAGGACACUUUUCUGUUGAAUGAUUUGUGAAAUUCACUUGGUUGUAACAGAAGUACACUUCUAGUCAAAUCGGCCAUUGCACCUGUAAAAUACAAAAAAAAAAACAAGAGAAGGGUUUCAUUUAAAAAUGUUGCCAAAAAUAAUUACUUUUACUACUUUUAAUCACUUGGCAUAUGACAAAGAUGAUUUCAUCCUCUAAAAUGGCGCUCCUUUAUAAAGAGUAGGUAAAAGGAAGGUAUAAAGUUUGGUGUUAAUAUUGGUGAGUGAUUCAUGCCAGCAAUCUAAUUGUUGGAGUUUUUAUGUCAAAUUUAAUUUUGGAAUGAAACCUUUCAAAGUCAGUAGGGGCCAUAUACAAGACUUCACCACAAACAGUAUUAUGUUGCACAACUACAAAUGAAAAAACAUUUUCACAGUAUUUCUAAAGCAACAGUAUUGUAAUCAUAUGUGCUUUCGAUGAUCAGCAGUCAGAUUAGGAUGUGGUGGCUACAAUAUUUCCAUAGAAUUUCAGGUAAAUUGUUCUUUAGUGCAACCUCCCAUCCAGUCCCACUACUCGCACAUUCCUUUAUGGUGAAAGUAUAGCACAACUUUUUUCAUGUUGUAACAGUUUUUUGGUAUUAAACAAGUGAUAUUUUCUGCUUCAUUAAAAAAAAAGUCAAAAGUA